AAGCACAGGAACUUGUUGAAGAAUUAGAAGAAUUUUCUUAUGAAGAAGAUGAUAAUUUUUUAAAUGAAAGUUUAAUAGAUGAAGAAAAUAAGGAUACAGUCAUGAGUUUAAAUGAAGAAAAUACUAAUUGGGAGAUAAAUGAUGUAAUUGGAUUUGAUGAAGAUUAA